AAGCAAUAACCAGCCAAAACCGUAGCUUGCAGCAACAAUGGCUUUAUUGUCACAUUUGAGUCAACUGUGGCAAGAGCAGCUACAACGGAGCAGUAUCUUCAGUCUUCUCCUGGUUUCAAUUCUCUUCCUUUCUAUCUACAUUUUGUUUUCAUCACUCACAAAAUCAAGUGGGAAACCACUCAAACUACCACCAUCUCCACCGAAGUUGCCGCUGAUCGGAAACCUACACCAGCUAGGCGCAUUCCCACAUCGCUCUCUUCGCGCUCUCUCGAAGAAGUAUGGCUCUCUAAUGCUAUUUCACUUUGGAAAAGUUCCAACACUGGUUGUUUCAUCUGUAGAAAUGGCGAGGGAAGUCAUGAAGACUCAUGAUACCGUCUUCGCCAGCCGCCCCCAAAUGACGGCUCCAGGCAUAUUAUUCUACGAAGGCCAUGACGUGGCUUUCGCUCCUUAUGGAAACUACUGGAGAAAAGUCCGGAAAAUUUGUGUUCUUGAACUUCUGAGCCUUAAGAGGGUGCAACAAUUUCAGUAUGCUAGGGUGGAAGAAGCUGCUGAGAUGGUCGAGAAGAUUCAAACAGCGUGCCUCAGCGAGUCUCCGAUUGAUCUGAGCGAGCUGCUGAUAUUGACCUCCAACAACAUAAUGUGUAGGUCUAUUCUUGGACAAAAGUUUGACGAUGAAGAUGGCAGUUGGUUUGGAGAGACGGCGAAAGCGUUGAUGGUGCAAGUAAUGAGCUUCAGUUUCGGAGAUAUGUUCCCUGCGUCGAGAUGGAUUGACAGUCUUAGAGGCUACAUUGCGCAUUUGAAAGCAAUUUUUUCCCGUUUUGAUAAGUUUUAUGAUCAGUUGAUUGAUGAACACAAGACGGCGGAUAGAGAAGGUAAGACUAUUAAGAAGGAUUUUGUGGAUAUCCUCCUCCAAAUUCAAAAUGACGGCGCGCUUGACUUUGAGUUCACUAAAGAAGACCUCAAAGCACUCCUACAGGAUAUGUUUGUGGGGGGAAGUGAUACUAGUUCGACUGCGAUGGUAUGGCUAAUGGCGGAGCUUGUGAGAAAUCCAAGAGUUAUGAAGAAAGUCCAAGAAGAGGUAAGAAGAGUGGUGGGAAAAAAGGCAAAGGUAGAGGAGAACGACCUUAGUCAAAUGAAGUACAUGAAAUGUGUCAUCAAAGAAAACCUAAGACUUCAUCCUCCGGCUCCUCUUUUAAUUCCUCGUGAAUCAACCGCAGACAUAAAAUUGGGAGGCUACGAUAUCCCCGCGAAAACAAGAGUGAUGGUCAGUGCAUUUUCCAUACAGAGGGACCCUGAAGUAUGGGACAGGCCGGAGGAGUUUAUCCCGGAGAGGUUCGAGGACAGCUCCAUUGAUUUCAAGGGCCAGGACUUUCAACUCAUCCCAUUUGGUGCUGGGAGAAGGGGGUGCCCGGGAAUCGCCUUUGGGGUUCUUUCAGCCGAACAGGUGCUUGCCAGCAUUCUGUACUGGUUUGAUUGGAAAGUGCCUAGUACUAGUGGUAGCGCAUUGCCUGAAGCCUUGGACAUGACUGAAGUUUACGGGCUCACGGUCCGCAAAAAAGCUCCUCUGAUUCUUGUGCCCGUACCCUACUCUCCUUGAUCCCUCCAUCCAGAUAUUUCAUGUUUUAACUUGCUCUUAAUCUAGUUGUUCUUUUGUUUUUUGCUGAAGAAGUUGUCUGCCUAAAUGAUAUGGUAAACUAAAAAUUGUACCAGCUGCUUGUUUGCCUAAGUUCUCAGAGGCAUCUCAAUAAAUACUUCCCCCAUCUUA